UUAUUUUGUACUUUUCACUGCUCUUCGUGGUUCUUUCAUAGACUUAUUUCUCUGCUUAAUAUGUUAUUAGUUUAAAAAUUUGUCCUUGUUCGCGUAAUUAUUCCUCCAGAAGUUUUUGUAUCUUAAAUCAUGGCUUUUAGCUUUGCAGCGCUAACAUAUAUUAUAGCUUUAAUCAUAGAUGCGUUCCUAAUUUUCUUCGCCAUAUUUCAUGUCAUUGCAUUUGAUGAGUUGAAGACGGAUUACAAACACCCGAUCGAACAAUGCAACAGUUUAAAUCCAUUGGUGCUCCCUGAGUAUAUUCUUCAUUUAUUUUUCAACAUACUCUUUCUGUUUGCGGGGCAAUGGUUAUCCCUCAUGUUCAAUCUUCCACUGAUUGCUUACCAUAUCAAUAGGUACCGUACGAGACCAGUCAUGUCUGGUCCAGGUCUCUAUGAUCCAACAAGCAUUAUGAAUGCUGACAUUCUUGCUCGAUGUCAGAGAGAGGGAUGGACAAAGUUAGCAUUCUAUUUGAUAACGUUUUUCUAUUAUCUCUAUGGGUUGAUUUAUUCUCUCAUCACUGUCUCAGAAAAAGUUUAAACGAAAGAACAGCACAAGUUUUGUCAAGCACAGCGUGUCAAAGGCUGAAUCAUCUGACUGGGGGAACAUAUUUUGUUGUGUAAGCAAAUUGUAAUUGUUUGGUAGUUACUUGCCUCUUGUAACCCUCUAUGGCAUGAAUUAAUUUUGGAUCUCAGAUUCUGGGGGACACUAAUCUAUUUUGUAGCUCGCAUGAAAAACAUAGAGCACCAAUUUUUUUUCAAAAUUUUAAAUUUUAUGGAAUCAGUUUAUUGAAAAAAAGAAAAAAACUAAUGAAAAUUUGGAAAAUUAUGCCACAGAGAGAAGAUUCCAUCUUUUAAAACCCCAAAAAUAUGCUGUUACAAAUUUGUAAUGCUAUGCCAUAGGGGGUUAACUUAACUGAAUCACCAAAGUUUCCACCAAAAACCCUCUCUCAAAGUUUGUUGGUACAUUCUGACAAUUCGCAUUGUCAAAUGAGGUCUGUAAAGGUUUUUUCGGGAAAUUGAAUGAAAGCAGAUCUUUCGGAAGUCAGUCAACUCUUUCAAUCAGGGAAUUUUAAAUAAUUUGUUCACUAAGUAGUCGAUAGUUGAUAAGUAUGUUGGCAGCUGGGAAGGUUUAGUCCUACUAUUUUAUGAAUAGGUAAUGAAUCACAAUUUUUUCCCCAUAAAAUGGAGGGCUUAUCUUCACAAUCAAGUUUUUUUAUUUAAAGUAUUUUCCAGUCAAGAAGCCUGGAGCAUAGUCCCUUGGAAAGUUUUGUGUGAGAAGGAACUAUGAUUUUCUUUAAUUGAAAUCUUUUUUUAUAAGCUCAGAAUUCAGGGUACUUUUAUGAGAAGAUAGAUAAUUUAUCUUAUCGCCUAGAGAUGUUUUUUGCCAUGUGCCCUACUGUAGGUAGUGAUGUAAUUUUUGGUGUUUUCAUUAGAAUCAACCAUUAGAAUUUCAGUUACAAACAUUCAACAACAAUUUCAUCAGAAACAUUUCAAAACCCCUGUUAACUUAUGGACUCCAUUUUGAAUAAUACACAUGAAUUGAUGAACAUGUCAUCUUCUCUCAGAUGGAGAAAUGUAUCUCAAUUCCAUGGUGGCAAAAUCUGCUCGCAAAAUUCUUUUCCCACACUCAAAUGAUUGUGCGGUUUCUGUCUAAAUUUAUGCUGAUUUUUCAUGAAAAAAUCUGUGAAAUUUUCAUCAAAAAUGUCCAAUAGUUUAUGAGAAUAAAUAAAAAUUGUGAGAUAAUAUUUGGCAACUUUGAGAUGUAGUUCCUGUCCUUCGUUUGGGAAAUGACGAUGGAUCACUGUAGUCCAUUUUGCCCUCUUUUUUCCUCCACUGUUCUUGUUGAAUUAGUUUCUGCUUUUGACAGUAUGCUCUGAGUAUGGCACUCUGUAUGUAUUCUGUCCGUUCAAUAUUUUCAUUUAUCAUCCUCAAAUCCGUACUGUAACACAUAUGACUGAUUUAUGCACCUUUGCCUCAUUGUUUUUCCUGAUUUUGAUUCAAAACAGUUAUUCCUCAACAUCAAAUAAUCAAACUUACUGUUUAACGAGUCACUCUCCAACCAACUUUCCCAUAAAUUUCUUGGCUCUCUUGUUAGUGGGCAUAGCUUUUUUGAAAAAAAAAAAACACUGAAAAUCAAGUUCUAAGUAUUCACAGGAGUCUAAAUUUGCCGUUCUUCUUUUUGUCUUUCUCAAAUUAGUUUAUUUUGUAGAGUGGCCAAUUUCUGUUCUGAACCACCGAUGUUUUCUUAUUCUAUUUAUAAAUCUGGAGGAGAGAAUGAUAGGAAUCAGGAAAAUAGUUGAAUGGAUGUAUUUAUGCUAAAAGAAACGAGGUGAAAAUGAAUUAAAUCAAAAGGAACUAUGUGCGCAGGGUUUGCAUGCUACAGAUUUCCUUUUGAUUUUAUUGAUUCUCAAUGAGUUGCUCCUAGCAUCAAUGAGUUCAAAUAAAAAAAAAGCUGUUGAAUUUCAGUAUUUGUCCUGUUUAAUAAUUAUUUUUGACUCCAUUGGUGAGGACUUAAAAUGGGUGGUUAAUUGUUUUUCAGUUUAUCGGGUGCACUUAAAGUCACCUUUUUUGUGUGUGCAAAAAGCAAUGCCCAACUUUUUGGAAGACUCAUUCACCAAAAGACAUUUUACUGGAAAGAGGAGAUGCCUUCUCUAACCCCAAUAUGCUUGUACUUAGCUGGAAAUUUGUAAAGCCUCACUCGAUUUAUCCAAUAAUUUUAAGGUAACGGUUUCCUCUGUACAGUUUAAUCAAGCCUUUUUUUUGGUUUUUCAUAAUUGUAUAAUUUUUUAUAAAUAGGGAGUAACGUAACGAUCAAAUAAUAAAACCAAAAGAAAUCAUGUUAAUAUUCUUUUGCCUUUUUUUAAUUUUUGAUAUUAAUUUGUAUUUAUUGUUUACAAAGGGAACUUCAAUUGCUUAUCUAGUUUUUCAGUCUCGCUUUUAUGAAACAUUAGUUUAGUCUUUUGAAGGUUAUGUGGAUGAAAGUUGUAAAUAUGUCAGUUGCAAAAAAUUAAGACUGAUCAGUUUGAACACAUAGUAUGAUAAAGUUUAGCUGCUGAAGAAAUUUUUUGACCCACCUGGUAGAGAGGCAUCACAAUUUGUCUUUCUCCUUCUCAGUAUCUUCCUCACUGUUUAAGGGCAGCGCAUGAGGUAUUAUUGUUCCAACAUCAAAUAAUCUUACAUUAGCUUCAAAAUAAAGUCAUUUUAAUAUUUAUAAAUGUUGAGGAAAAACUCGAGCAAAAAUGUUCCGGCAAGUAUGCACUUGAGGCAAAAAAAUAGUGUCUGGUGGACAAGGUUUUGUCAUUGUUCAUUUUCUUGACAGAUUCUAUUUUGGGCCAGCUCUUAAAGAAUGUAUGCCUUCUCUUCGUCUUUAGACCUGUGAUGAUCUGCCUAACUCUUGUACUGCUGGCAGUUGUAUUGAAAGAUCUUGUGUAACAGCGAUCAAUUAUAGUGCGGCACUUACUUAAGAUUGCCAGGAACAUAAAUUAGCAGUCUUUUAUUUUACCUAUUUGUGAGAGUAUAAUACAUUUACUUAAAAAACUAUGCAUCAUGUAUAAUAUGUUUCGAUGUUGAACGUACAAAUAGAUCACAUAAGUGAGCAAAGCAAGCUCCCUCAAAACAGCAAAUUAAGAACUUGUAAUGCUCCUAACAGAUUUCUAACUUCUAUAAUUGAAUUCAGUGAAUGUUUUGACUGCAACACUUUUUGAAGAUGGAAUAUUGUAUUGAGGCCUUCUAUUUGCUGUAAUUUUUGCUGCAUUGAUAUUCUGGUCAAUUAGUUAAGUGGAUAAUUUUGGAUUCUUUCUUGCAUUGAUCGCACGCAGUAAACUGGAAUUUUUAGAUUUUUGAAGAUGAUGUUUAAGCUUUAUUGCCAUGCCCUCCUUUUUUCUCUGUAGGUAGAUAACGUAAUUUUUGUAUAUGUUUUUCUAUAAUUAAACAAUUUAUUUUGCCAUGCUGUCACAUGUUAAAAAAAGCUCAAAAGAUAUGAUUUCAUAGCUAAUGAUAGUUAGAUUAUUUGUUAUUGUUUUUCUCUCACUUUUUCUUUUUUGGUAUUUUAAUAAAACAACUUUUAAAUCUUGUA